AUGUAUGACAACAUCUCUGAUUUCACAAGAUAUGAUGACGACCAUGACCCCGAACACGGUGAAGAAGAAGUUUUACAAACAUCCAUUAAGACAGGAAAAGUUUUAACACAAAGUCUCAUUAUUGACACCAAAGAUGGUGAAGUGGAUGUUCUUCAAGAGCUGAAGAAAAAUACUUCUGAAGGAGGUGGUGGUAGGCAUGAACUUGAAAUAAAUGAGAUAGAAGAGAAAUUAGCCGAAAAAGCAGAUAAAAACCAUGUUCAUUAUAUAAGUUCAGAUGAACAGAUUAUAACGGACUACCAUGGAUAUUUAACACGAACUGAAGAAAGAGUGAAGACGGAAGAUGUUAAUGAAAGAAGAUAUAAAUUCAUUCGUGCUAAAGGUUAUGACAUACACUGUACUGUACAGUAUGACACAGGUAAAGCACCAGAAGCAUUUGGUUAUAACGAUGAAAUUUAUGCUUCAUACUUCUUUGUUAACGGUGUAUUAGUUGAACCAAGAUUUACUUUGAGAGUUAAGGCAAAAAUAACUUUUGAAGAUGCUAUUAAAAGUAAAGCUGACAAAGAUGAACUUGACGCAACGAACAAAGUUUUGAAAUCUCAUAAACACAAUAUCUCCGAUAUAAAUGAACUUCAAGCUACAUUAAAUAGUAAAGCUGACAAGAACCAUACACAUGAAUCCUUCACUACUGUUAGAGCAGACGACAUAAUACUGAACUAUGAUUUGGGUUCAAGUGCACCUUUAGAGAAUCCGAGUACAAGCGUAAAAGAUACACUAAACAAUUUAGAUAACAGAUGUAUGAACAUUGAAGGUCAUGCCAGAAACUUUGAAGCAUACGAACUACCAGCAAUGUUAGAUAAGAAAGCUGACAAAGAACAUACACAUGAAUCCUUCACUACUGUUAGAGCAGACGACAUAAUAUUGAACUAUGAUUUGGGUUCAAGUGCACCUUUAGAGAAUCCGAGUACAAGCGUAAAAGAUACACUAAACAAUUUAGAUAACAGUUGCAGGAAUAUCGAAGAUCAUGCCAGAAACUUUGAAGCAUAUGAACUACCAACAAUGUUAGAUAAGAAAGCCGACAAAACUUAUGUAGAUGAAAAUUAUGCAAAGAAGUCGGAAGUAAAUGCUGCGCUUAAUGGAAAAGCCGACAAGAACCAUACACAUGAAGAAUUUCAAACAAUCAGGAUUAAAGAAAUUAAGGCAUGCAUCGAAAUAGUAACAAAAACAGGAAGAAACGGUGCAACUGUACAAGAACAAAGAAUUUAUCCUCCUACUUUUCCUAAUGGUUUAAUAACAAACAAUAUAAAUAUUGUAGAAGGCAAUAAAGCUAUAAACGUUAAACAUGAACUUCUAACAAUGAAGGCCCAGAUUCUUCAAACCAUAUAUCCUGUUGGUUCUAUUUAUACGUCAAUGAAUUCAACAAAUCCAGCAAGUGUUUUAGGUUUUGGUACGUGGAAGCAGAUUGUAGAUAAAUUCUUAUACUGUGCUAACUAUUCAAAGCAAACAGGAGGUUCGAAGAAAAUUAAAGAAGCAAACUUACCUGCGCACACUCAUACAGGAACGACAAACUUUUCUGGCGACCAUAGCCACUCAUUAAGAGACCACCCAUUAUACAACUCAGAAUAUAAAGCUGGCAAUGAUGUUUUAUCUCCAUCUUAUAACAAUGCAGCAAAAAAGAUUUUUCGACCAACUGAACCGGGAGGUAAUCAUUCACACACUUUCACAACAAAUCCAACAGGCUUGGGUGCAGAUUAUAUGCCACCAUUUGUGACUAUAUUCGCAUGGUACCGCGUUCAAUGA